UCUAGCUCAACCAUAACCAGUUGCAAAAUUUGUAGUAAUAGGAACCGGUCUAAUUUCAAAAUGCCUGAAGAAUCAAAUUUAAAUAUUUUUGGUGAUCCAAAAUAUUAUCACAAACCUAUAAAAGAAAUAGAGGAAAAAUCAAAACUUGUUCCUGCAUUUUUGAAAAUUAAAGGACUAGUUAAGCAACAUAUAGAUUCAUUUAAUUAUUUUAUUAAUGUGGAUAUAAAGAAAAUUGUUGAAGCUAAUAAUAAAGUUACCUGUGACGCAGACCCUUUGUUUUAUAUAAAAUAUACAAAUGUCCAUGUGGGUACCCCAGAUGUCGACGAAGGUUUUAAUAUUAGCAAACCCACAACACCUCAUGAAUGUCGGCUACGAGACAUAACUUAUUCUGCUCCUAUAUCUGUUGACAUUGAAUAUACGAGAGGUUCACAAAGGGUGUCUAAGACUGGUUUACUCAUUGGAAGGAUGCCAAUUAUGUUAAGAUCCUCUAACUGUGUUUUAAGUAAUAAAUCGGAAUAUGAAUUGGCAAAGAUGAACGAAUGUCCUCUAGAUCCUGGAGGUUACUUUGUUGUGAAAGGGCAAGAAAAAGUCAUCUUAAUUCAAGAACAACUUUCUAAGAAUAGAAUGAUUGUUGAGGAAGCCAAAUUUGGAAUUCAAUGUCAGGUCACUAGUUCUACCCAUGAAAAGAAAUCGAGGACCAAUGUUUUUGUAAAGGGUAACAAGUAUUUUAUGGGCCACAACACCUUCUCAGAUCCUAUUCCGGUGUCAGUUAUUUUUAAAGCAUUGGAUGUAAUCAGUGACAGAGAAAUUUGUGAACUGAUUGGUAUACCAGACAUACAUAAAUUAACACCAACUCUGGAGGAAUGUCAUAAUUUAAAAAUAUAUACCCAAGAAUCUGCUUUAAGAUAUCUAGGAACAAAAUUGGUAGCAAAACGCUACGUAACAACUGCAUCCAAAAUGAAAUCUCCUAUGGAUGAGGCCAGAGAUCUGUUGGCUACAACUGUUUUAGCUCACGUACCAGUUGAACAAUAUAAUUUUAGAUUGAAGGCUAUUUACUUGGGCCUCAUGGUGAAAAGGGUCAUUGAAGCGCAAAAUGAUAAGAAGUUUCUCGAUGAUAGAGAUUAUUAUGGGAACAAGAGACUGGAGUUGGCAGGAUCUCUGAUUUCACUAAUGUUUGAAGAUGUGUUUAAAAGAUUUAACUGGGAAUUGAAAGCCAUUGCCGAAAAAACAAUACCAAAAAUAAGAGCAACUCAGUUUGAUGUGGUGAAAUACAUGAGAUCAGAUUUAAUUACAAAUUGUUUAGUUUUUGCCAUAUCCACAGGAAACUGGACCAUUAAACGUUUCAGAAUGGAAAGGCUAGGAGUAACCCAAGUGCUUUCAAGAUUAAGUUUCAUCUCGGCUUUAGGUAUGAUGACAAGAGUGAACUCUCAGUUUGAAAAAACCAGAAAAGUUUCUGGGCCGAGAUCGUUGCAACCAAGCCAGUGGGGAAUGUUAUGUCCUAGCGAUACUCCAGAAGGAGAGGCUUGUGGUUUAGUAAAAAAUCUAGCCUUAAUGACACAUAUAACAACUGAAGUUGAUGAAUACCCUUUAACAAGGUUAGCAAAUAAUGCUGGAGUUCAAGAUAUCAAUAUGAUAGCAAGUUUGUCGAUACAUUCUCCAUCAACAUUUAUCGUUUUUCUUAACGGUAAUAUUUUAGGUGUCACAAGGAACUAUAAAAAAUUAAUAAAUGUGUUUCGUAUGAUGCGAAGGAAAGGCUAUAUUUCUGGUUACGUUUCCAUAUAUCCAAGCUAUUUGCAUAGGUGUGUUUAUAUUAGCUCCGAUGGAGGAAGACUGUGCAGACCUUAUAUCGUCGUGGAAAAUGGACAACCGUUGGUUACAAAAAAACACAUUCUUGAAUUAGAAAAAGGAGUGAGAGGGUUUGAAGACUUUUUACAUGAUGGACUAAUCGAGUUUCUGGAUGUCAAUGAAGAAAAUGACAGUUUCAUAGCUUGCUAUGAAAAGGAUAUAACUUUAGAAACAACUCAUUUGGAAAUUGCAACAUUUACACUAUUGGGAGUAUGUGCAGGACUAGUACCGUACCCACAUCAUAACCAGUCACCUAGGAACACGUAUCAAUGUGCUAUGGGGAAGCAAGCUAUGGGUACGAUUGGCUACAAUCAGAGAAACAGAAUGGAUACUUUAUUGUAUAACUUGGUGUACCCUCAAGCACCAAUGGUAAAAACCAAAACAAUAGAACUUAUCAAUUUCGACAAGCUCCCGGCAGGUCAGAAUGCCAUCAUAGCUGUAAUGAGUUACAGCGGUUAUGAUAUAGAAGACGCCUUAAUUUUAAAUAAAGCUUCCAUAGAUAGGGGUUUUGGGAGGUGUUUGGUAUAUAAAAAUUCUAAAUGCAUUAUGAAGCGAUAUGCUAAUCAAACAUUCGACAGAAUCCAGGGUCCCAUGAUCGAUAGUAUAACUAAUCAACCCAUGUGGAAGCAUUCUCGGUUGGAUAACGAUGGGAUUGUGGCUCCAGGAGAAUUAAUUGAAAAUAGACAGGUUUUGGUUAACAAAUCAGUACCGAUUAUAUCGGCGGUUCCUGGCAGCCCAAAUACAUCGGUGGAAUACAAAGACACCCCUAUUACUUAUCGUAAUAAUGAACCUAGUUACAUUGAAAAAGUUUUAAUUAGCACAAAUGAAGAAGACACUACCCUUAUAAAAAUUUUGUUGCGCCAGACUAGACGUCCUGAAAUCGGCGACAAAUUUAGUUCCAGGCAUGGGCAAAAGGGUGUUGUAGGACUUGUCGUCGAACAAGAAGACAUGCCAUUUAAUGAAAGCGGAAUUUGUCCAGAUAUUAUAAUGAAUCCUCACGGUUACCCUUCUCGAAUGACUGUCGGGAAGUUGAUAGAAUUGUUAGCUGGUAAAGCUGGGCUUUUUGAAGGGAAAUUUCAUUACGGGACAGCAUUUGGUGGUUCUAAAGUCCAAGAUGUAAGUGAAGAACUGAUUAAACAUGGUUUUAAUUAUCAGGGUAAAGAUGUUUUUUAUUCUGGAAUAACAGGAGAACCUCUAGAAGCAUAUAUUUAUUCUGGUCCAGUUUAUUAUCAGAAAUUGAAGCACAUGGUUCAGGAUAAAAUCCAUGCAAGGGGCCGAGGUCCUAGAGCAGUUUUAACCAGACAGCCUACAGAAGGUAGAAGUAGGGAUGGAGGUCUUAGAUUAGGGGAAAUGGAAAGAGACUGUCUUAUAGGUUAUGGUGCCAGUAUGAUGUUGGUAGAACGUCUGAUGGUUUCGAGUGACCAGUGCGAAGUAGACGUUUGUAAUAAAUGUGGACGAUUAGGAUACUGUGGCUGGUGCAAUAGCUGUAAGAGUUCCGGUCAGGUUUCCAGCAUAACAAUGCCAUAUGCUUGUAAACUACUGUUGACCGAGUUGCAGGCAAUGAAUAUUACAGCUAGAUUGACCCUGAAUCAUUAUUGCCAAUAGUUUUAAGUACUAAAUAUUUCCUGUAUACAUUUUUAUAUUAAUUAUAAAUU